UUGAGCCCUCCCGGCUACCGUCGCCGCGCUCCCUGCCCCCGCCCCGGCCCGCCCCAGCGGCGCGGCGCGGCUGGCGGCGAGCGGAGGGGACCGGCGCGGUGCGGCGGCGCUCCCGGGGACGCGACGAUGGCCGAUUACUGGAAAUCGCAACCAAAAAAGUUCUGUGAUUACUGCAAGUGCUGGAUAGCAGACAACAGACCUAGCAUUGAGUUUCAUGAAAGAGGAAAGAAUCAUAAAGAAAAUGUGGCAAAUAGAAUUAGUGAGAUUAAAAAGAAAAGCUUGGAAAAAGCAAAAGAAGAAGAAAACAUGUCAAAAGAAUUUGCAGCAAUGGAGGAGGCUGCAAUGAAAGCAUAUCAAGAGGAUUUGAAAAGGCUUGGAAUUAAGCCAGAUGAUGUAGGUCCCAGUUCGACACAGAGUAAAACACAGAGUAACACAGUGGAAACUAAAGGAAAGAAAGAAAAGAAGGAGAAGAAGGAAAAGAAGGAAAAGAAAGAAAAGAAAAACAAGACACCUCAGGAUGCCUCAAUGCCACCAAAAAUUGAAACAAAGGAGUGGGUACAAGGACUUUCUCCUGAAGGUUACACAUACUACUACAACACAAGAACAGGAGAAUCGCAGUGGGAGAAACCUAAAGGAUUCCAAGGCAGCUCUCAAAACUCAAAAACGGCAGUGGAGUGGGUAGAAGGUGUCACUGAAGAUGGUCAUACCUAUUACUAUAACACACAGACAGGAGUAUCCACAUGGGAUAAGCCGGCUGGUUUUGUUUCAUCUUCAAAUGAGAAGAGUCAACGUGACAAGCAUUCUGAAGAGCUUGCAGAAACAGAUUCCAAAGCAUCUGAAUCAGACUCAGAAGACAGUGAAAAUGAAGCACAGAGUUCAGAAACAAAUUUCAAGAGGAAAGGAGAUAAUGGUGAAGGAUCAGAGGAAAAGAAAAGAUCUCCCAGAGCUAAAAAGUUAAGUCCUUAUGGGAAAUGGCGAGAAGUGAAGCCAGAAGAAACUGUAAAUGAAGAGGAGAGUACUUCAGCUUCCCAAGAAACCUCUAGUGAUGCACCUAACCCUUAUGGAAAAUGGAAAGCAAUUAAAGCAGUGGAAGAAGAAGAAGAAGAAGAAAAAGAACCAUGUGAAAAAGUGGACCUGGAGCUUCCUAGUACAGAGAGUGACAAUGUACCACCACCUCCAGUGCUAGAGGUUCCAGAAGAUGCAACAGUGAUAUUUAAAGAGAAGACAGUCACCUCCCUGGGAGACCUUACAGAAGGGGUGCCAACAUUUAAAAAGAGGAAAUUUGAAAAUGGAAAAUCUAGAAACUUAAGACAAAGACUAAGUGAUCAGUAGUACUAAGCAAAUCAUUUUAGAUUCUGUUUAAGCUAGAGUGAAUCAAAAGUUUAAUAUUUUAAACAGGCUUUUAUAAAGAAAAUGUUGGGUAGAAAUUAAGGAUUUAUAGGUAUUAAAACAUAUGUGAGUUGUCAUAUUUUUUUAUUUUGAUGUGAGUGAUAUUGGAAUGGAAGUUUGUGUUAUAUUACUUAUGCAAUAUUGUAAAUACAUUUUUUAUUUUUACCAUGCCAUCUAAGUUCAAUUUGCUCUGUGAAUGCUGUUCUAAAUACAUUAUGUAAGGUUUUUUACUCCUUUUCUAACUAUGGGAGAAUAUAAUAAUCCUUAAUCUGGCAAAAAUGAUGGAGAUCCUUAUUUUUACAGAGGAACUGGAUCAAUGGCAUGUACCAGACAGUAAAAUCAUCCCCCAAGAUAGUUUGUGUGUAGUAGUUUCCCUACUAAUGAGUAAAAAUAUUGUGCUUACUAACCUUUCGCUUGCAAAAGAGUAGGUGGUGAGACUGCCAACAUUUCAAACUGAUCAUUUAAAAGCUGUUUUUAGCAGAGUGAGUCACAUCAGUGCCACUCAUUCCAAAAGAUGUUCUACAAAAUUAUUUGUGUACAUGCAUAAUAAAUGUAUUAAACCUCUGCAGAAGAUUUAAACCUGAUGAAUCUUAACUUUCAAUAACAGCACCAGUGCCACCCCUGCUGGAGUAGAUAUUUCUGUGGUGUCUUUCCUGUUGUAUUUUGCUUUACUGUUGUCUCUAUUUGAAUCGUUCCUUCUUUUCACAUACCAGGUUUUCUUUUUUUUGGCCUUUUUUUUUUUUUUUUUUUUGUCUCUUUCCUUGUAAAAAACCAAUUGCCUGACAUUUUCAUGAAAGUACAUUCCAAAGACCUGGCCCUGCUACAGCAUACAGCACCCUUUUUGAGGUUGUUGGGGUUUGUCUGUUGGUAAGAGGAGUGUAUUGAAUAGUCAGUAGUGUUCGCUAAGCUGAGAGGAGCUAACUGUAUUGAAGCUUCAUCAUUCUCAGUAGCAUAGGAGAGGAAGACAAAAGAUGAAUAAGCAGAGCUUGUGGCUGUACUGUCCAAGAUGGCUUGGGCAUUUUCUUGAGGAAUGUGGAUUUGAUUUCUUCACUUGCUUGGAUUGGUCUUCAUUUAGCACCAUCAGGAUUCACUGGCUGCAUAAGAAUAAAUACAGCUACAUUAAUUGCUUCUCUAGGUAUCAAACAAUGGACCAUAAAGGUUCAAAUCAUUAAUCCACAAAAAAAUAUGCCUCUGUUCCUAAAGCUCACGGUGUUUUGUUCAGGAGAAUCUUGAUCAAAAACAGAGGAUGCACUUAAGACAACUAGUUGUCAGAGUCCAGCUGCAGCAAAGUAAGAGUUGGUAACUGUGAAUGACUGUUAAUCUGUCAGAUCAGCAGAGAAAGGAGCGCAAGACAGAGAAUCUGGUUUAUCAUGUAUAGAAAAAGAGGCUGAAGACCUUUUUUCUACUCUGUUAUAUUUUCGUUAUGUGUAGAAGAGAAUUAAGUGUUGAAUUUAAUCCUGUGUGUUUCUUUGGCUUCAUCAGGGUAGUUGUAUUUCUUCUGAUGUUUGUUUUGAGAAUUCCUGUAAUAUCUAGCCCUGGAUUGCCAUUUAGAGAUGCAGGAUGUGUGCUGGGUGUUACCACAGUCAUAGAUGCAGGAAAAUACAACGUGUACUCCGCGUGAAAGACCUCACAUGCAAGGCUAGAACAGAAAUGUCCUUUAUGCCAAGGAGAGGUUGUCAGGUUCCCUAAAAAACAGAUUUUCGGGUUUUGUUCUUAUUCUUGCAGCUAGGAGCCUGCUCUAAUUUGAAGCUUCUGUGUGUUUGUGACCAGUUUAAACUAAUUUCUCCCAAUUUACACAAGUAAUGGUACUUAUUUCAGCUAAGUAGCUUUUUUUUCCUCUUGAAUCCAUCACAUCUUUUCGGAAUCACAUAAAGCGUCCUUGUGUGACAGGACCUUCAGUGCCCCACCAGCACUUCUCUUCAUCUGUUCCAGCCCGAGUUUCCCUAGAUUCUAUGUUCAAGGAAGAUGAAGGCCACAAGUAACUUUUGAUAAUGUUCCUUUGAUAAUGUUCCUAAAUCACAUUUGCCUUUCACAUGACUGCAUCGUGCUGUCUGCCGUAGGUGCCCUGUGAUCCACCAGUACAACCAGCUCUUUCUACUCCUUUGCCAUUGCCAGCUGCAGAGUUAACAGCUGAUCAUGCUUUCUUUUCAAGCAGUUUUUUUUCCUUACAAAUUCAGUUUGUACUGCUGUACUUAUCCUGCUUGUGUUACUCCAAGCCUGAAGUAUAUACAUUUCUGUAUGAUCUCUGUAAAUUGAUUGUAUUGUUUCUUAGUAGUUUUAUACAGUACUUUAGUCUUUUUGUAGGCUCCACUUUUAAUAGCCUCUGAGGAAGACAUCUUUCCUCUUUUACUAAGGUUCCCAAAAUACACUAGCGUCUUUCCUUUGACAUGUUUAGUCACAUUGAAGUGGUCAUAGGCAUUGAUUUAAGGUAGCUGUAACUAAAUUGCUUGAGCAGAUGUUUUAAAAACAUCUGAAAAUAAAAGUGUUCAAAACUUGUUUCCUUGAAGAACAAUUACAACUGUUAAUCAGUCGUAAUAUGAACCAAAGGCCUUUGUCAAGUACUGUGUCAAACAGACAAACCAAAAUAUUAGGAAAAAAGAUUAAAUGUUUUCUUUUCUCACUGCUAGUACAGUUGGUUUAAAUACCACAUGCUUGCUUUUGCUGAUGUGACAUCUAAAGGCUGCAUUUCACAAACAAAUCCAGCGCUUCGCUCCCCACUACCUCUGAAAGUCAGUUUGAGGAGAGACCAGUUUAUUCUUUGUCCUUAAGGGUAAAUUCUAAGGGCCAACUGAAUCAAAUUUGAUCUAUCCAAAGCCACUGUUUAAUUUUGCACCAUGUUGUCAUUCCAUUUCCUUAAUGUGUAUCUAAACCAAGUAUUUUCUAUACAAAAAUAGUCUUGUGUGAGAUUUAAGGCAGACGCUGCUGUUCCAGGACAUCUGUGCUGCACAGGUCUCUCGCCCUUCUGUGCUAUCUCCCUGCAAAAUCUGCCUUUGGAAUUUGCCAUAGGAAUCCCCCAGGUAUUACCACAGUUACACUCCUCAUCUGCUAAUCCUUCCUUGGGCUGCCGUGGCUUCUGACAAAGGAAUGUUCCUUUUACUGUUCCAGAACAGUGUUUUCAGAAGAGUUUUUUGUUUUCUGAUUAAUUCACUUUCUAUGAUGCAGCGUGUUUUUGUCUGCUUGCCUGCUUUUAUGGCAAGCUCCUUGAGCGAGACAUAUUAAACCAAGACAUCCUUGGUUUUAUAAGCUGUCGUAGACAUUAUUAGCAAUAUGAGAAGGAGAGUCGAGAGAAAAGGGGGAGUCAUUGCAAUUUCUGAUGAUGAUUUGUGUGGUUUUGAGCAAGUCUUUCUUUGCUCUCUAUUUUUCUUUCCUUGACUCAUCUUUGUUCGUUUGGAAAGACAGCUUCCCAGUGCAGGAUGCUUGUCUUUGGUGUGCGUGUUUUUACAGCAGGGCAUGCUUAAAGUUGGUGAUGCUUUUAGCAGCAAAUGUAUUGCAUAUACUAAGAAAAAACAUAUUUCGUUGGGCAUUUGUUAUUCCAGCAGCUGGGCAGAGACCUGCUCAACUGGACCCAGGUUAUAGAACAAUCCUUGUUCCUAUUUAGGCUAAGGUGAAUCGCAACCCUUCACCUGGGAAUCUGUAGAUUGAAAUUCAGAAUUCCACAAUAGGGUAAAGUUUGCUUUUUGUUUGAACCUCAUAGACAGAAUCUGUGAUGCAGCAUCAUCCAGUCCCAGUAUUCGGGUGUAGGAGUGGUAGGGCUGGUCACGACAUCGAUCUAAGUUAAAUUCACUAACCUGUGCGUGUAUAAAAGCAUCAUCCCCUGCCCUGAAAAAAGAUGUUAUUUCAGUGUAAAUUGUGGCAUCUCAGAAAGGGAGUAAAAAACUGUUUCAUGCUGUUUGGUUUCCUUUAUUUGCUUUUUGCGUUGUGCCUCCCCUUUUUAGUACUUUUCUUAUUAUUGCGGUCUUCCUCAAACUGUCUUCCUCCAGUACCCCUAUAUAUGCAAAUCUCGGUAUCACCGUUGUGCCGCGUUUCUAGCACCCACCUCCACCAUAAUUAUCCCCUGCUCUACUGAGACCUUCAGAAAGCUUCACGUUGUCUUAUGUAGGCCACCGUGUCUCCAGAUCCCAGCUUAUGCUGAGCACUUCUGCUGCCUCUGUGCGUCAUGCCCUGAAGAAGUACAACUUUGCCUAUUUUCAAACACGCAAGCUAUUUCAAGACUGACUACAUGUGCUCUUUUGAUUUCCUUGAUAAUUCAUUUUCUUGAGACAGAUUUCAUUCCAUUCCUCCUACAGGGUUUGCAGCCCUUAAAUCCUUUUGCUUGUCGGUACGAAAGCUGUCUGCAUACCUUCCACUGUCUGCUGCAGCAACCCUUUGGUUCUGUUUUGUCAGCCUCUCUCUUCAGUCUCUCUUGUAUCUACCUCUUAAGUCCUCUUUACCUUCUACCUACUAAAUUAUUGAACGUAGAAAUCGUGUUAACCAUUUGUGUGAUUAACAAAUUUAGCUUUGUGAAAUGUUUUGGGAUAGAGCUUGAAUUAAAGUUUCCGUACAAAGCAAAAAGUGUUGCAAAUAAUAAUCUGAAAAAGGCUAAAUUUGCCCGAGGAUUUCCAGAGAGUGUCAGCAAACGCAGGUUUGAUUUUAACUGUAAAAGAAAUGGUCUCUGUAAAAAAAACAGCAGAUGGCGUAAUACAGACCACAAGCUGAAGGCAGUGGGUUUUAAUGGCUUGCUUAACUGAAGAUACAGUAAAAAACAGUGGGUGAUUGAAAAGCACUUGUUUCAGUUUAUAAGUAUUGUCUGCAAAGUUGAACAAGCUGGUUUCUCUUUAACAGCUUCUUGGUUGCGAUUACAGAAUAUUGCAGGCUCUUGAAGUGGAGUUUAUACGAAAAUACUGAAUAAAGCUUUCCUUUCAACAA